AUGGCAGACUCAUUUGAAGCGACAUACUUUGAUGUGGAUCAAAUUUUGACAGAAGAAGAAGAGGCAGAAUUGUACUACGAAUACGCAGAAAUUAUGCAAGAUCUAGGCAUGGAUUACUACAACUCUGAAGAUGAUAUGAUGCAAGACACAGAAGGAGAAGACCAAGGCCAGCAAAACACUGAACACACACAAGCUGAGGCUGGUUUCCAGGAAAUGGAACAAGCCAUUCACCAGGGGACUCAACAGAGACAAAGAAAGCAGCUCACCAUGAAACAAAGAAGAGAAAUUGUGAAUUCAAUGUUGGUCAACAUGCAGCAAAGGAACUUACCAAGAGGUCACUUAAAGCAUUUGGCAGUUAAUUACAAUGUGCACAAAUCAAGCAUCACAAGAAUUUUUGCAGACAUAAAGAAACAAAUGGCACAGGGCAGUUUGAUUGAUACAGAAAGGAGCUAUGCAGCAGCAUUAAAGAUCUCCCAUGUGACACUUCACAAUUUGAAGAAAAAGGGAAGGUUAAGAACACACACAAGUACCAACAAGCCAGCACUGACAUCAGACCACAAGGUAGCAAGAAUGAAAUGGAUUUUGUCACACAUAAAUCCAGUUACAAGUAAUGGGGAACCAACAUUUGUUGAAAUGAACAAUGUGAUACACAUGGAUGAGAAAUGGUUCUAUCUGAACCCUGACAAGAGGAGGUUUUACCUCCUACCUAGUGAGGAAGAUCCUUAUAGGCCUAUACAGUCCACAAGAUUCAAGCUCAAAGUAAUGUUUAUGGGCUUAAUUGGGAAGCCAUUGUAUGACACAGAUGGGGGACUACUUCAUGAUGGGAAAUAUGGAAUUUUCCCAUUCACAGUCAAACAACUAGCCAAGAAGUCAAGUAAAAACAAAGUAGCAGGAACAUGGGAAACAAAAGCAAUACAAAAUGUAAAUAGAGAGGUCAUCAGAGACAUGUUGGUGGCCAAUGUCAUUCCAGCAAUUAUUUCAAAGUGGCCUGAUAGUCAGCCAAAAAAUAUUGUAAUCCAAUGGGACAAUGCAAGGCCACACCAAGUUCCUACUGAUGCAGAGUUUAUAGCAGCAACAACAGCUCAUGGAUUUAACAUUCAAUUUUCUUUUCCUAACAACCUAGAUGAGUUAGUUACAAAAGUGCAAGAAUCUUAUGAGGCAUUCAAUCCUCAAGUCAACAAGUACAUUUGGCUGUCUUUGCAAAAGUGCAUGAUUGAGAUCCUUAAGGUACAAGGUGGGAAUAAGUACAAAUUACCCCACAUGAACAAGAAAAAACUCGAAAACCUUGGAGAGUUGCCAAAUCAUGUACCAGUGCAGAAGGAACUUGUUUUAGAGGCAGUGGAGUACCUAUACACUAUGUUUAGGCCAGUAAAUGAGGGGAUUGAACAAGGAACAGAAGAAUUUGAGGUAGAUGCAGACUGA